CCACUCCCCUUGUCCCUAGACCGCAUAUAACCACCUCCCUCCGCGGAAGAGCGCAUAUAUCCACUUUCUUUUCCCCUCUCCUCUGAAUACCCCUCCCCGGCGCGUACUGCUCCUCAUCAUGCGAGGCAUGGCGGCCUCCUACCACCCCAAACCCCAUUCGAAGACAACGUACACCGUGCUCGCGCUCUUUUUGGUCGCGGUCGUCGUCCUCGCGGUUCUCAACGAACCACUGCUAGUCUCUAGAGUGCAGACCGUCUCUCUGAACCUGCAGAAUAAGAAGAAAGAGAGGAAAUUCCGUUUCCCGACUUCAACAAGUACCGGCAUACACGUACACUAUCACCCGAAGAGUUCGGGCUAGAACACCCUCACGAACGCGCAAUAAUUGUCGGCGAUACCCAUGGCAUGAACCGUUCCCUUCACGAUCUGCUCUCCACGCUAUCAUAUGACCCCCGGAAAGACACCAUGUUCCUCGCCGGCGACAUUCUCGCGAAGUCUACCGAAGCGGGGUCCCUGGCCAUACUGGACUUCCUUUCCCAGCGCCAACGGGGCAUAUGCUUCCCGGAGAUUGAGCCUAAACGUCCCGGGAAGUCGGCCGACGCGGAGACCAAGUGCAAGGGCGUCUACGCCGUGCGCGGCAACCACGACCAGAUGAUCGUGCAAUGGCGCGCCUGGCGCGAGUGGUUCGAGCCUCUGCAGCUCACUUUCCCUUCUGCGGACCUGCACCCUCGUCGCCUGCACGUCCCAUCCCUGGCAUCCCUCACCUCAACAUCCACAUACAACGCGGGUCCGCCCGUGGGCACCGGAUCCCAGUUCCUCGCGCUCAUCGAAUCCGAGUUCCUCCGGGAUCGCAGCUCCGAUCCCAACGGAGCCGCCGCGGAUCCUCUAGAAUGGGCCGACAUCGAGCGUAAGCGCGCCGCGCGGACCUGGCGCGCAGAGUGGUGGAAGCGCAUCCCGCACCCGGGCAAGGGUCGGGCGAGCAAGGACUGGAUCCCGUUUGGCGACCACUAUUGGAUUGCGAGGGAUAUGAAACCGGAACACGCAAAGUUCCUGUUCUCGCUGCCGCUGGUCAUCCACGUCCCGUCCGAGCACUUUUUCCUCGUGCACGGCGGCCUGCUCCCCUCCGACCCGCGGCGUCCCUCCGACGACGAGCGUCAGCCGCUCGCGCACAUCCCGUCUGCCGAUGACAUCACAUCAGACCCUACCGAUGACGCCGACUACGACCACACGCUGCUCAAGGUUGCGCCGCCUCAGGACGUCCUCCGCGGUCUCAGUUCCAAGAAUAUCACGGAUGACGAUAUCGAAGAGAUGCGCGCAGUACAAGAGGCAGCGGUGCUCCACGACGUGCCACACAACCGCGACCCCUGGGUGAUCCUGAACAUCCGUGGUGUGCGUAAGAGUGGCAAGGCGACGCGCCGAAGUGACAAGGGCAAGCACUGGGCGAAGAUCUGGAACGGGCAGAUGAAGCGCUGUGGCGGGUUCGAGGAGGCCAUUGAUCGCGAGGGCGAGGAGGACGAAGAUGACGACCGGGUGCCCGCGCGGUUCCGACUCACGGAGACACGCGACAAGGACAGCGACGACGACGACACGCCGCUGCCGUGCUACCCCUCCACUGUUGUGUAUGGGCACGCCGCCUCCAGGGACCUCGACGUUCGGCGCUGGACAGUCGGUCUCGACACCGGGUGCCUUUACGGCCGCCGUCUCACCUCGCUUGUUCUCCAACGCCGCCACCCCGCCGACGUGGACUCCCCUACGCGGACGACACCUACAGAUGAAGAGGAAGAAGAGGAGGGCGACGACGAAGAUGAGUCUAGUGACGAGGAGGAAGAUGAACUAGACGAGUACGCAGCAGACGGGCCGCUCGGCGGGCUGAACGCUCGGUACGCGCGGGUAGCCGGUGGAUCGGCGGUAUCGCGCGCGCGCAAGCCGCCCAAGACGUGGUCGCGCGGAAUCGAGUUCGGCGACAAGGGCUCGCACCUGCGCGCAAAGCUUGUCAGUGUGAAGUGCCCCAAGGCAGGGGACUUCGCGGGGCCGUAGAGGCCGCGCUUUCUCAUUCAGCAUACGGUGUGUACGAUAAUAUUGCUCUAGUGUGCCCCUAGCUUGUCUGGCUAGUGGGUCCGUAUUAAUGGCGUACGCUCGGGGUUUCUUUCUUGGUUUUCAGUGUUCCCGUCACGACAUUAAUGUAGUUAGUUCAUACUUGUAGCAUAGCAUACCACAACGUCUGCGUAGAAGCACGACGACUUAUCCUAUACAUCGGCUCCUGCAUUAGCAUAAUAUACGCAUC